AUUAAUUAGAAGAGAAACAAUUUGUGGAAACAUAUAAAGGUUUUGGUUCCCCUCAAAAUGACGUGAAAGCGACGCCGUUUUUGCGCCUGAUAAACGCCUGCACCGGUCCGAGAUUUUGCUUCGGAUUUUUCAUCCCUACGCAGAUCUAUCUCCGCUGCAGGAAAAUUUCCCAUCACUUUGCCGGGAAAAUUCUCAGAGGGGGAAGAAAGCGGUGAAUCGAGAGAAAGAAGGAAAACAAAAUGUCGCACAGCGACACCAUCCCUCUCCACUCAUCCUCGCAGUCGGACAUCGACGAGAUCGAGAAUCUAAUCAACGCUAGCGUCCAGUCGGGCCCGGCGACAGUUCAACCCGCCCGCCCACCGAGUCCGCCGCGGAUCCCCGUCUCCUCCUCUCCGUUCCUCCAGUCCAACCUCCCACCACCGUCGACGGCGGCAGCGAAGCUGCCCCCUCUCCCGUCGUCCUCCGCGCCGCCUUCAGUGCUUCCCGCCACUGUCCCCGGGCCCGCGCCCCCGCCCUCGAACUCAGCCGGAUCGAACAAUUUCGCGGCAUCUGGAUUCGGCCCAGCUCCGAACACGUUGACGGAGCCCGUAUGGGACACGGUGAAGAGAGAUCUGUCGAGGAUCGUGAGUAAUUUGAAGCUGGUGGUGUUCCCGAAUCCGUUUAGGGAGGAUCCAGGAAAGGCGUUGAGGGAUUGGGAUCUUUGGGGCCCGUUCUUCUUCAUCGUGUUCUUGGGGCUCGUCCUCUCUUGGUCCGCCUCUGUGAAGAAGUCUGAGGUUUUUGCUGUUGCAUUUGCUCUACUUGCUGCUGGUGCUGUCAUUUUGACUUUGAAUGUUCUGCUACUGGGUGGGCACAUUAUCUUCUUCCAGAGUCUUAGCCUUCUAGGUUACUGUCUGUUCCCUUUGGACGUGGGAGCCCUAAUUUGCAUGUUGCAGGACAACGUGAUCCUGAAGAUAGUGGUGGUCUGCGUUACUUUAGCUUGGAGUUCCUGGGCAGCAUACCCCUUCAUGAGCUCAGCAGUGAAUCCGAGGCGAAAGGCCCUCGCACUCUAUCCCGUCUUUCUCAUGUACGUAUCUGUCGGGUUUCUCAUCAUUGCCAUUGAUUGAAUGCAUUGGCAGCUCCCCUACUAUGGGGAUGCAACAUGAAUUGAAAUCCAAAACCCCCCCACAGUAUAUAGGUUUCCUAUUAGGAUCGUUAAUUUGGUGCUUUCGUCGACUGAGAAUUACUGUAUUUCUGCUGUGGCUACUCUUCACUGCUGACGUUAUGAAACCUUGAUGUCGUUAUUGCACUUAAAACUUAUUACAUCAGCUUCAUGAGAGCAUUCGAUUUUGAGAGGGAAACUGGAGUCUAGAGUGUUACGUCGGAUCUCGCUGUAGUUCCUUUUCCUUUUGGUAUGCUAGUGCUGAGAAGGGAAAUUUUCCAAACUGUUUACUGUAAACCAUCAUCCAUAUUUGGUUGAGGGUUCGAUUGGGAGAUCUUGGUCUGAAAGUCUCCAAGUUUGGAGUCUGGGAUUCAAGGUUGAGGUUUGGUUUGGGUAUUGGUUAAAGACUUGAAAUGGUCCGUCCAUGUUAUCAAGUUUCUUAGUUCUCUCCAAA